AUGUCGAACGGAAUUCCAAUAAAACUUCUUCAUGAAGCAACGAAUUUUGUUGUUGAAAUCCAUCUAAACACAGGUGACUCAUAUCGAGGCACCCUAAAAUAUGUGGAAGACAACAUGAACUGUUGGUUGACUAAUGUUGUUCACACUCAGAAAGACGGACAACAAAUAAAGUUCGAUAAAACAUAUGUUCGAGGAUCCAACAUUCUUUAUUUUGAUCUCCCAGAAAUGCUUCUUAAUGCAAGAUUAUUCAAAACUGGAGAAACUGAAGUUAAAAAGAAAUACAGUGGUAAGUUAAGAAGAACAUUCAUGACAGUUAAAGUACGAAAACAAUCAAAGUAA